AUGCACAAAGCCCAAUCUGAGGACUCAUGGCCGGAGGAGGUCCUCGAGGCCCCUACGAUGUCAAUGUCCCAGUCAUUUACCCUCGAGCAGCUAAGAGAAGAUCUUAUCCCGCCCAGCUACAGCGAUAUCUCGACCGCCCGCGAGCUCCCACAGACGACGCCUAGCCGGCAACGAGCCUCUAUUUCAGCGCAAUCCCUCGAUCAAGAUGAAUAUCUCCCAGGGAAGCUAUCCCACGUCUCUCAAGAGGAACUCCCUGAAAAGACCGUCCUAUACUUAGCCUACGGCUCGAAUCUCGCUUCAAAGACUUUCCUAGGCAUGCGCGGCAUCAAGCCGCUCUCACAACUCAGCGUCCUCGUUCCAGAACUUCGAUUGACUUUUGACCUUCCGGGAUUACCGUACUUAGAACCUUGCUUCGCAGGAACACACUUCCGGAAACCCCAUGCAACAGAAGCCGAAAGCCAUACUCUUGACGAUCCCUCGAUAUCAGAAAAAGACUCCCUCCUCGAUGGUCAACACCAAAAAUGUGAUCAAGGCCGCUACAAGGGCCCUCUCAUUGGCGUUGUCUACGAAGUAACACUAUCUGACUAUGCCAAAAUAAUAGCCACAGAAGGCGGCGGCCGUGGCUACAAGGACAUAGUCGUGACUUGCUACCCAUUUUCCAGCUCCUAUGAUCCGCACGACCCGGUUCCUGAGCGCCCAGAAACUCAGCCGAUGAAGGCCCAUACCCUACUCUCUCCAGCGGGAAUGGAAGAACUCAGACAGCCCCAAACAGGAUCCGAUCCUCAUGUGCGGCCAAACCCGCGCCACGCCCAGCCAUCAGCUCGUUACCUCAAUUUGAUCACCACUGGUGCAGAAGAACAUAACCUCCCCCUGGUAUAUCGGGAGUAUCUUUCUCAGAUCCAACCAUAUCGCAUUACAUCGUUGCGGCAAAAGGUCGGCAAGGGAGUGUUUGUCACCAUCUGGGGGCCUAUGCUGCUACUCACGCUUGCACUCUCGCGAAUAUUUGCCGGUCCGGAUGGACGCAGUCCUGGGUGGGUCGUAUGGUUUGCAGAUUCAGUGUUGAGCUCGAUGUGGUGGUGUUAUGACCAUGUGAUGAGACCUCUAUUUGGCGAUGGCGAAAGGACGAUAGAGCGCUAUGGUAGCUGA